AUGGUUACCAUGGGCCCACCACAGGGUGUUCGUCCCGGCGACAUUCUAGAGGUUCUUCAUGAAUUUGGCGGGCGCGGAGAAGACGAACUGAUCAUGUUGCCCCGCGACAAGAUUGAAUUGAUCGAGUUGGAUGAAGGAUUUGGAGAUGCCUGGUUCUACGGCAAGAACCUUAGGACGGGACAGACUGGUCUCUUCCCUGCGAGUAUGCGCGGCCCCCUCCCAGGAUCUCCUCACCACUUCCCGACUGUUCCCCCAGCUAAUAUUCAAAAUCUGUCCGCGAUAGACUUUACCAAAGCCGGCCUCCCAAGAAAGACCCUCGCGGAGUCGCCGGUAUUUGUAGAGUCGCCAGCACAAGUGAACCCUGCGCCCGCAGAUCCAUCGUUCGCAUCAGUCGGAAGUGGGCAGAGCACCCCUCAAGCAACGCGCCACAUUAGCUCCGAGAUGCAAUCACCGCAAAAUGGGUCUCCCACACAGCAUCGAUCCGCCUCGUCUCCGCUGCCUCGCACCAGCCUGGCGGCCGACAUUCAGCAAGCCUUUCGUGGUUCCAUAGACAAUCACAUGAAUGGCGAAGAUAGUCCGGUCAUGAACGAGACGCUGAGCGUCAUUGACGAGCACAUAACGGACAUGAACACACCGCGUCAUAGCGUGUCGAAGCAAGGGCCCAGGACGAUCAACGACUCCGGUAGCGAGUACAGCAGCCAUGUGGGCCACAGGGCUUCUUAUAUCAAUGGACAUGAAACCGACGACGAGGAGCAGAAUCAGCCCACCGAGCAAGAGGUACGAAAAUGGAGUCAAACGCAGACUUCAAGGUGCUUGCGCGAGCUUGGCAUUGAUCCCAAACACUGUAACAUCUUUGAAGAACAGGAGAUUACCGGUGAUGUCCUUCUUGAUAUGGAUCAAGACUUUCUUUUUAUGAAGGAAUUUGAUUUUGGAGUCAUGGGCAAGCGGCUCAAGACCUGGCACAAGAUCAAGGCAUUUCAAGAAGAGACCAAGGGCUUCAGUCAGCAGCGAGCCCCGAGAGGCUCUAUCUCCUCUAGCUUCUCAGGACCUUCCGAUGAACGUCCCUUGUCUUGCACUGGACUCACCGGUCCACUUCUUCCUCGGAUUCAGACCUUGUCAGAAAAGAGCGGCGCUGGUUACCCACGAGCCUCUGCACCGGUGCAACACCCCCGAUUGACUAGCAACAAUAGCUUGCCCGUGACACCGCAUACCCCUCCGUACAGCCAUGAUGCACCGAGGAGAAUUUCUGCGGCAUCGCUCCGUGAUUUCAACCAGAAUCGUCGUCAUUCUUCUAUUGACGCCACCCAACGCGGCAUGUCUGAAUCGGUGUUCGCCGGUCACCAUCAAAAGAAACCCUCAUUCGACCGGUCCUGGACUCUGAAUUCUGGCUUCCAGUCCAUGUCCACUCGCCCAGGAACCUCGGCGGGCACUAGUCCGCGUAGCUCCCCGAACGGACCGCUAACCACUGAGCCAGAUCCUUACGACCAGUCUUAUAUCAACGCUCCGGAUGAGAUGGAGGACGUAGAUCGGGGUUAUUUCUCAGGAACCGAGGUUGACUCGCGCCGAAGCCGCCGCAUUCUACAGAAACGAGGGUCCACCAGUGUCGGCGUCAAUAAUCACUCGCGAAAGUCAAGCUAUGUAGAAGAUCCAUACAACGUCAUCCCCCAGGCGAAGCGCCACUCCCGCAUUGGCAGUGUGGACUCAAUCCGUGACGCAGUGAAGCAUGUCUCCCCCGCGGCCCAGGCCUAUCAUGGUACACCACCGAAAAGUCGGAUGCGGAGCUUCAGCACGCGUGUCUCAACGGAUAGAAGUGGGAACAAUUCCCAGUCGUCAACCACUGAUAGCAAAAUUGGCAACGGCGGCGGAUUCUUCGCCAACUUUUCUCGUGUUGGCGGCAAAGGUGAUUCGGAAAGCCCCUCUUCUCGCGCUUCGCCGUUGCAAUUCCAGCCGCUGAAAAAUACCGGGCCCAAGUUUCGCCGAGCUAUGGGCCUUCGUGCCAUAUCGGACGUUGUUGGAAAGAAGAUUGACACGUCUGUGCCGCCUGACUCCCCGCGGGGGUCCGAUCCCACCUCUGCUCGCACCGGAUCCACAACUCCAUCAGCGACUUCCAAGAGCUCAGAACGGCAUAGUACAGAUGAGUCUGGUAAGACUGCUACUGAUGGGCACGGAUUUGUAGUCCGUCCUCGGACUGUCAAGUCUAAAAAGGAGACAAGUGCCUAUACUCGGGGUCUUGAGAAGAAGUCACCGCGCGAGCAAAUGGAUGGUUGUGAUUAUAGUGGGUGGAUGAAGAAGAGAUCCUCCAACUUGAUGACCACCUGGAAACCCCGCCUGUUCGUUCUACGAGGUCGCCGUCUGUCCUAUUACUAUUCCGAGGACGACACCGAGGAAAGAGGCUUGAUUGACAUCACGGCUCACCGUGUCCUCCGAGCGGAUCAAGAUCCGAUCAUUGCUCUACACGCAACCAUCACCGGCUCCACCGCGCUGCCAGCCAACGCCAACAAUUCUGUGGAGAGCUCUGGCGGCACGAAGCUCAUCACUCCCUCGGUCAUUCAAUCGCUGACCACCAAGGACGACAGUGGGCCGUUCUUCUUUAAGCUCGUGCCUCCAAAGACAGGCAACUCGCGCACCGUGCAGUUUACAAAACCGGCCACCCACUACUUCCAAGUCGACAAUGUCCAGCAGGGUCGCCGGUGGAUGGCAGCGUUGAUGAAAGCGACCAUCGAGCGUGAUUUAGGACAGGCAGUGGAAUCCACCAACAAACAAAAGACUAUUAGUCUGAAACAAGCCCGGCUGCGGAACCAGCGGCCGCUGGAGCUGAGUCCUGCUUCGGGCGGCACCAAGACCGAGCAGACCAUCGACGAGGAAGAGGAAGAGGCUGGUCUCCCAAUCGAGGGCUUGAACAUCAAUCAGUCUGAUGCUAACUCGUUUGAGGACACGAACAGCAGUCUGGACAUUCAUAACACAAACGAAGGCCUCGAUCGACCUCCGUCUAACCCCCUUGGAGACUCGGACCAAGGCCACUCGUCCUUGCUCCCGGAUCCUCUGGCCAAGACCGAUGUUAAGUGA